AUGAAUAUAUUACAAAGCCCAGAUAUCGUCUUGGAACAUAUUCUAAGUUACCUUUCAUUUGAUGAGAUAUCUAAAAUGAGACUGGUCUGUAAGUCUUUUAAUAAGGCUGCACAACGGUUGUUAAAUCGUGGAUUUAUAACAAUGGAAAAGAAACAUGCUGCUUUCUUAAAGAAUGUGAAAGCAAGAUUACCAAGGAGAGAAUCCGAAAGAAGGUAUCAUCCCUUGUCGAGGCAUUGUGAUAUAUUGACCUCAAUCGAAACAAGAAUUUCAAUGAUGUCUAUGACAUACAGUAAAUAUAUUGAACAGAACAUAUGCUGUUUUAUACCUGGAAAGGUGAUAGAUGAAGUUCUUCGAGUUUUGAAAGUCUUAGAAUUAACUAAUAAUCCACCCAGAGCUCAUGAAAUUUUACAAGAACUUCGGGAUAUAUCAUCUAUGGCCAUAGAACAUUUUGAUGAAAAAAUAUGCCCACUAUUAAAAGCAACACAAACCAACAAUGCUCCAAGGGAAAACACAUUUGUAUUAAAUCGUUCUUUACCUUCAACAUCUCAAGAGGGUUAUGAAACACAAGAUUCUAAUCCUUUCAAGAACGCAUUUAAUAAGAACCUUGUUGAUAAAGUAUUAACAGAUGCUUUAACUAAGAAAUUCAUAGGAUUAUCAAAUCAGUUUAAAAAGAUUAAGGAAUUAUAUGCAACCCAAAACAAACGUUUGAUUAAACAAAGCAGAACAAUCAAGAGGCAAAGUAAUGAAAUUGGUGAACUGAGACGCAGAAUAGAUGACUGGGAAACUAAACAUAAGGAAAUUACAGCAAACGUUAAUCAAAUGAAUAGUUAUGAGCAUUCUCAACCUAUUUCACGGACUAUCUCUACAAGUCAAGUUUUUGAAAGAGUAGCUCCUGUUAUUUGUCACAUGCUGGAUAAUGCUGUGAAUAAGCUACCGGAACUCCCUAAAAAAUGCAACAUUAAGCCACGUAUGGCCCAAAUAACGUUGAAAAGGUACUCCAAUGAAGUCAAGGAGGAUGAUCAAAAGAAAAUGAAAUUUUCUUAUUGAAUUAUCUAAAGAUAUUCAUCCCACCAAAAU